AAAACACUAAAUAAUUGGUACAAAGUGUAGCCAAUUUCAAUAACCAUACAUGCUCACCACCAAUAAACUAAAAUGCAGAGCAACUUCAGUGCAAAAGCAAAUUACAGAUCAGAAGCUUACAGAGCUGCAUCAGGAGAGCAAUCUCCCGAAUUUUUACGCGAUUUUUGGAGAGAAGAAGGCGUCGCACCGAUUGAUAAUCGUGGCGAAACCAUCCUUCACUUUCUUGCAAUACACGGUAACGUUGCUGGUCUUGAAAUUCUUGAUCCGUUAAACAUUAAAGAUCUGGAAAUUACGAAUAACAGUGGAGAUACGCCGUUGCAUGAAGCUGCUAGAUUUGGUAAAAAGGAUAUGGUAGUGAUGAUUUUGAGCAAGGAGAAGUACUUAGUUUUUUUGCGGAAUAACUUAGGUGAGACACCGCUUUACGUAGCAGCUGCAAGUGGGGAGAAAGAAAUUUUUACUUUUCUAGCAAAUUACGAUUUCACUAAGCUCACCAUGAGGAGAAAUGAUGGUAAAACUGUUCUUCAUGCAGUAGUAGACCAUGAAUUUUAUGAUCUAGCGAUAGAUAUCGUGAAUCUAUAUCCAGACAUUGUAAGCAUACGUGAUGAUGAGGGUAUGACUGCUUUAAAUGUUUUGGCUACAAAGAAGUUAUCAUUCAGGAGUGGAUCUGCUUACUUGUUUGAAGAAAUAGGCAAAACACCUUCAGUUCCUGUUCAGAUGGUUGAAAUCAUCAUCUAUUUUUGUAUUCCGGUGUUGUUUGAAGAAUCAAAACUUAGUGAUAACUCGAGCAAUACACGAGCUAGAACCAAAGUUGUCCCUGUAGAAAGGUCUUUAUUCAUCAACUUUCUAUUAGGUAAUUCCUGGUUACAAGCCAUUGAUGAAGCAAAGCAAAAGCAUAUUCUUGCACUAAUAUUAGCAAAAAUGUUGCUGGAAAAUUUUGAUUGGAGCUAUACAUACAGUGUGCGAAAUCCGCUAAUACAAGCAUCAAAACUUAAAAUCAAUGAGUUAGUGGUGGAAAUUUUGCGAAUAUACCCUGAAGCUGUCGAGACAUUGGACGAAGAAGGGAGGAAUAUAUUGCAUGUAGCAGUGAAGCAUAAAAACAGAUUUCUUUUUGAUUAUUUGGUCAAAACAGUGGCUCACAAAGAUAGAAUCCUAGCAGAUAUUGAUCAAAAAGGGAAUACUAUUCUGCAUUAUGCAGCUAAUGUCGGGUCGCCAUUCCGUACAUCAAAUGCAGAACAUGAGGAAGAGAUCUGGUGUAUCCUGUCUGUGUUCAUGAUGAUGUGGGGUGUGCUUUGGUUUAAGCGCGUAAAAUCCCACGUACAUCCACGUCUAUGGGACGUUAAAAACUCCAACGGCGUUACAGCAGAAGAGAUAUUCGAGGAAAACCAUUUACACAUACGAAAAGAAGCAGAAGAUGCAAUAAGAAGUCUAGCAAAUUCUGCACUAGUACUUGCUACUCUUCUUUGCACUGUCAAUUUCGCCGCGAUUUUCACACUUCCAGGAGGUUUUGAUCAGAAAACCGGCCUACCAAUCUUCCUCAACAAACUGAAAUAUGAAUUAAAGAUGAUGAUAUUUUACUUAUGUGCAGCUAUUUUAAGUUCAGCAGUCACCAUUGGUACUCUAUUAUCAUUUAUGCUUUGCAAAUUCGACACCGAUGAUUUUUACAUAUCUUUACCUACAAGAGUGGUAAUUGCUAUGGUUUCAGUGUUUUAUGCAACAACAUUUUCAGUUCUGGCCUGUGUUCAAACACUUAACCUUGAUAAUAUAUUUUGGAACAAAGAUGUCUGGUGGUUAAUUAUAGCUAUGGUAACUGUUGGUUUUAUUAUGACACUUAUUUAUAUAGAUUUAGCAUUUCCCAUCUUUGAUUAUUUGUAUUAUUUGGUUUCUUAUUCAUUUACAUCCCCUAAGAGAGGGCAUAUGUAAGUUUAAGGUUUUAACCAAAUUGUAUGACUCUGUUGUAAGCUUUUCAUUAUUUGAAUUAGUGAGAUAA